AUGGCUGUCCACGUUGGAUCCUCGUCUGAAUGGCGACAAAUCCUCCAGUCCACCAUCGUGGUGGCUGACUUCCACGCCGACUGGUGCGGUCCUUGCAAAGCAAUCGCGCCGACAUUUGAAUCCCUUGCAACCAAAUUCUCCAAACCGAAGCGCAUCACGUUCGCCAAGAUCAACGUUGACAACCAGAGGGAGAUCGCAUCCCAAUAUGGCGUGCGCGCCAUGCCUACCUUCAUGAUCUUCAAGAACGGCUCUGCCAUCGAGACCUUACAGGGACCAAGCCCGCCAGCUUUGACUGCCGCAAUCGAGAAGGCUGUCAAGCUGGCAGGUCCAGCCGCUGGGGGAGGAUUCAGUGUGCCAGGGCGCACCCUAGGAGGCAGCGGUCCUGCUGGACAGUCCCGGCAGUCGCUUCGAAGGCCGAUCAAAUGGGAUCUGAACAAUUUUCUCAACGCGAUCAUCAAUUUCUUUGGACUGUAUUUGGUCUCGUUGUUCACGUUUGACCCCUACAAAGCUGCCGAAGCUUCGAAAUACAACGUUCACAAUCCUGUUGCACCGGCCGCUACCCCGAAUGAUUCUGCGACAGGUGGUGCCGUGAAGAAACCAGCUCCCAAGGCCACAUUCCGGACUUUGGCCGACUUGGGAGGCGAUUAG